AUGACGAAGGGUACUACCUCUUUCGGUAAGCGACACACCAAGACGCACACCGUCUGCCGCCGCUGCAACGCGCGCUCCUUCCACCGUCAGAAGAAGGUCUGCGCUUCGUGCGGUUACCCCGCCGCCAAGAUCCGCUCGUACGAGUGGGGCCAGAAGGCCAAGCGCAGAAAGACCACCGGUACCGGCCGCAUGCGCUACCUCAAGAACGUCGGCCGCCGCUCCAAGAACGGCUUCCAGACCGGCUCGGCUGGCAAGAAGGUCGCUGCCUAA